GCAUAUUAAACGAAGCCAGAAAGUGGUCAGUGUUAGUGGCACGCAGAACGUUCUUCGUUAUCUCACGAAUUUUCGAAGAUAAGUCGUCGUUUCGAAACAAUCGACCAAACACCUCUUGUGUAAUUAUGAAUGGAACUUUUACUUGCAAAAUUGUUAGUGCGGUUUUUGUAAAACAGUUCGUCAAGAUUUUCAUGUUGUUUUAUGUUGUUUUAUUCUGACGUCAUGAUGAGAGAUUUAAUCCGAAAUUACAAACUAUUACUCCAACGAAAAUCCGACAUGGACUCUGAAACCGAAUCCCAGCCUUUGAUGAGCUCGUGUUCAAGUCAAAGUUUCGGAAGUACUAACGAAUGUGGCUUUAAAAAUGACUCUGACACUGAUACUGAGGCUGAUAGAGCCACGAAAAUACAAGCAGCCACAAUUCCACCUAUUCUGAUCCAAAAACAAAACAGACAAUUUUUGUAUAAGUCGAGCUACGAACAUCCAGAUUUUGAGGUGUAUUCGAACGAUGGUGACGACUACAAGACCGAUAUUUUAACCGGGGAGAAGUCUCUAAGCGGCAAAAACGGCGCUCCGGUCAACUACGACUACCGCGACCCGGAAUUACCGGAAACCAACAGUUCUCUCGUCACUAUAUUCGCAAUUUGGAACACCACAGUGGGCACCUCUCUCUUGUCAAUGUCCUGGGGCAUUGAAAAAACCGGACUUUUUCCCGCAAUUUUCAUAAACAUCGCCAUUGCCGCCAUUUGCUUGUACACAACCUAUACUAUACUGAAAGUUAACGAAAAGCAUGGCGUGAUUGGCCAAAAUGGCGAAGUUUGUGACUUGUGUCGCGCUCUGAUUGGCCGAUGGGCGGAGAUUUUAGCCAAGGUGUUCUCGCUCGUGGUUCUGAUUGGGGCAAAUAUUGUUUAUUGGAUUUUAAUGUCGAAUUUUUUCUAUCACUCCGUCCAAUUUUUUUACGGAAUUUUGCUACAUUUGGACGACACUCCCGUCUCGAAUGUCACAGUUUUGUGUCCCAAAAACGAAACAAUCGUCCAAAUCGCCACCAGUACGCCGACCAACCAAUUCGCCCGAAUCUGGGACUUGUAUUCGACCGUACCUGUGAUAUUAGGCUUGAUUAUGUUUCCGAUGUUGAACUGGAAGAGCCCAACUUUUUUCACAAAAUUCAAUAGUUUAGGGACUUUCAGCGUUUUGUAUUUAAUUGUUUUCGUUGCAACCAAAGCGGGGAUUUGGGGGAUUAACAUGCCAGACUGGGAGAUUGAAUUUUACAUGAAACCGACUUUCUGUGCCCUCAGCGGAAUGUUAUCUUUGAGUUAUUUCAUUCACAACAUUAUCAUUUCGAUUAUGAGGAACAACAAACACCAAGAACACAACGGACGUGAUUUGACAAUUGCGUUCGGUUUGGUGACUUUCACUUAUUUAUUUAUCGGAGUUGUUUUCUAUGUUUGUUUUCCGUUACCGAAGUUCUGUAUAGAGGAUAAUAUCUUAAAUAAUUUUAACAAAUACGACGUUUUGACAAUUAUAGCUAGGAUUUUGUUACUGUUUCAACUGUUUACUGUGUUUCCCCUGAUUUCGUACAUGUUGCGUAACGACGUGUUUGCCAACAUUAACAUGAUUUUCAAAAAUUACCGAUUUGGGGAAUUUACCUAUCCGAGGGUUAUGACACUUAAUUUGGCCAUUUUGGCAAUUUGUAUUUUAUUUGCGUGUUUUCUUCCAAGAAUAGGGACUUUAAUCAGAUAUACAGGGGCUUUAAGUGGUUUAGUCUACAUUUUUAUGUUGCCAAGUUUGUUAAAAAUCGCCAGUUUGAAGAAGGAAGGAAGACUGACGACUCCGAAACUAAUCUUCCAUGCCGCUGUUAUGAUUCUCGGCAGUUUUAAUCUUCUCUUACAAUUCUUUAUAAGUGAUAAAUAAUUUUUUAUUGUUGUUAUGACUGAUUCUAAUAAAAUAUUUUUACAAAA